AUGCCAAACAGCACUGAGCGCAAGCAUGUCCCGUCAGCGGGCAUCAGGCAAGCCUUCGCGGUGGCCAUGUCGGCCAUGUACUCCAAGGAGGUCCCUCUCUAUGGCAAACUGCUUAGUCUGGUUGGAGAGACGAAUCAGAGAGUACUUAAGAACGAACCUGAGCUUCGCGAAAAGCUCGCCGCUACCGACAAUCUCGACAGAAUCCACUUGGAGCGUCACGGAGCCAUACGAGUCGGCCGGCCAGACGAGCUGAGCCAGCUGCGGCGCGUCCUGCACGUCCUGAAUAUGCUUCCUACUGGAUAUUAUGAUCUCGCAUCGGCCGGUGUCCCUGUGCACGCGACUUGUUUCCGAGCACCUGAAGCUUCCGAGCUCUCUAAAAAUUCUUUUCGAUUGUUUGUGUCCUUGCUACGCCCAGAGUUGAUUAAGUCGGAUGACCUUCGGCAACGCGCCACCAGGAUUCUUUGCCGUCGGCGUAUAUUCUCCGAUAAGAUGUUUACUCUGCUGGCCAUCUACGAGUCCAACGGUGGCCUUGUCGAAUCUGAAACCGAAGAGUUUGUCGCCGAAGCAACGAGCGCCUUCCAGUGGCACACCUCGGCGGCAGUAUCUCUUGCCCAAUACCAGGAGAUGUCAUCUGAAAGCCCUAUUCUGGCAGACAUUGUUUCCUUCAAGUCGCCGCACAUCAACCACCUAACCCCACGAGUACUGGACAUUGACGCAGUCCAAUCAAGCAUGCGAGACUGGAACAUACCCGUGCGCGGCCGGUAUCUUCCAGAGCAACCUGAACAAGAACGGCGACAGCGCAGCCGUAUACUUGAAGUCCAGUAACGCGGCUAGCAAGCGUGACUUUGAGAAGGCUCUCGGCGUAGACGUGGCAGACGAGAUGGUGUUGUAUCAGAGAAUUCAGGAGGAGAGCAUCGUGCAAUGCAAAGCAUGG